AUGGCCUCACAGCCCAAUCUAAUCGCUGAUACCGUGCUCAACACCUUUCGUCGCCUCCCAAAGAGAUUCAAGCCCAGAAAUGACGGUUUACGGCGGGAAUGGGUUCCUCUUGCAGGCAUUGUGCUGAAGAGAGACAAGAUCGAUAACGAAGACAGCAAUCAAUCGCAAGAAUGCGUGGCUCUUGCAACAGGCAUGAAAUGCCAUCCGCACGCCAAACUACCUUCUUUCCACGGCUGCGUGCUGCACGACUGGCACGCCGAGAUCCUCGCCAUCCGCGCAUUCAACCGCUUCCUCGUUGAUGAAUGUGCGGACCUCGCAGCCGGCACGCUAGGCAAGGGGAGUAAAUGGCUGCAAUGGCGACGCGAUGCUCGGCAGCAGCAACCAUUCGAAUUGCAGCCGAAUGUGUCCAUCCACAUGUACUGCUCUGAAGCCCCGUGCGGCGACGCAUCGAUGGAGCUUACAAUGGCGAAGCAAGAAGACGCCACGCCGUGGGAGUCCAACGACGCAACUGAGGUGUCUAAUUCAGAUGAAGAAUUGCUCGGAAGAGGCCACUUCUCCCGCCUAGGCCGCGUGCGACGCAAACCCAGCAGACCUGAUGCUCCGCCGACUCUUAGCAAAAGCUGCAGCGACAAACUCGCUCUGAAACAAUGUACGGGUCUGCUCUCCGCUCUCACUGCGCAGCUGGUCAGACCGGAGGACGUGUAUCUCCGCACUCUCACCCUGCCUGCGAGCGAGUACGUGCCUGCUGCAUGCGAGCGGGCGUUUGGGAAGACGGGGCGAAUGGCGCCACUUGUUGCGAAUGCAGGAGUGCAAGACCGGUGGAAGGCUUCGGGCCUUAGCUUUCGCCCUUUUCUAGUGGAUGUGACGGAUAGAGAGUUUGAGUUCUCGAGGCGGGAUCUAAUGGCUCAGGAUGGCGAGGCUGAUGAGCCGGUGGCAUCGAAUCGCUCAUGCUUGUAUACACCUCGGCAGAACGAAGUGUUGAUCAACGGUGUGUUGGAGGGCCGGAAGCUGCACGACCCGAAAGGUGCAAGCCUGGCUUCUAGACGGAGCAUGUGGGCUUCUGCUCAUGAGGUCGCGAGGAUGGUUGGCUCACCUGCGGCAUCUUCUCUAUUGGAGAGAUGUCAAUACAAGGAUUUGAAGGCGAGUGAGACUUUGGAAGACCGUGAGCGAGUGAAGAGUGAUGCGAGGAGACUUGCGCUGAGAGGAUGGGUGAAGAAUGACGGCGACGAGGAUUGGUUUUUGGAGGCAGAGCCUUCCUAA